AUGGGAUGCUGCCCGGGAGACUGCCUCAAUUGCUGCUCCCAGGAACAAGACUGUUGUGAGGAGUGUUGCUGCCAGCAGGGCUGCUGUGGCUGCUGUGGCUGCUGUGGCUCCUGCUGUGGCUGCGGAGGCUCUGGCUGCGGAUCUAGCUGCUGCGGGUCUGGCUGCGGGUCUGGCUGCGGGUCUGGCUGCUGCGGAUCUGGCUGCGGGGGCUGCGGAGGCUGCGGGGGCUGCGGAGGCAGCUGCUGUGGCUCCGGGUGCUGUGGCUCCGGGUGCUGUGGUCCAGUGUGCUGUCAGCCUACACCUGUGUGCGAGACGAAAUGA